AUAAAAUAGGGACAACCAACACAGUUCUAACAGGACAAUAAUGAUGAAAGUGGGUUGCAUUCCGUCGUGUAUAGCAGCUCUUAUUAUUGGAGCUACCUUAUGUGCUUGCUCUUCGGUCGAAAGAGGCACGAAUUCUACUGAAGAAGUCGGCAUAAGGUUUGGACUGGUUCGGUGCACUGUUACUACUUGCUGUGAUCAAACCUUAUUCUGCUGCAUGCACAACUAUGAAUACCAAUGCUGUAGGUACACACUCAUGGAGAGACAGGUGGUAUCAAGAGCUGUCCAUUGCUGAAAAUAUGACCAUAACCAAGAAAAAUAUUUAAAAUUUCAAUUCAUGCAAAUAUAGAAUUAUAACUUAUAUAUAUAUAUACCAAAUAUAGAAUCUUACUUGAAAAUCUUUUUUACUCGAAUAUGGCGAAGCAUUGGUGCGUGCAUGCUUUUCAUGCCGGUUGGAGGAAGGAGGGUGAUGCACUCUCCCGCCCCCCCCCCUAAAAAAACAAAGUCUCAGGAGUUUAUAUUAAGUAUAAAAAAUUAUAAAUGAUAAUUAAGAUAAUCAACAUAAUUAUUGUAAAACGAACAAAAUAAUACUGUCUAUAA